AUUUGAAAUUAACAUUCGAGAUUCGAAGAACUUGCGAAUGCUUCAAACUUCAAAUAUAAACAUCAUCAUUUGCUAUAUCUAGUUAAAUACACAGCAGUAAAUAUGUCCGAACAUUCGAUAUAUGAUAUGGCUUAUCGUGGUAAAAUUACAGAUGUUAAAAAUUUACUGAGAGAAAAUGAAAAAUUAAAAACAGCCAAAGAUGGUAAUGGUCGAAUGUUAUUACAUUGGGCAGCACUUGGAGGACAUGAUGAUUUAGUAAGAUUUUUAUUAUCUCUUGAUGUACCAGUAGAUCCUACUGACGACACGAAUAUGACACCAUUAAUUUUAGCAGCGUCAGCUGGUCGUGAAAAAGUUGUUAAUACUUUACUAACUGAAGAUGCAAAUGUCAAUGCCAAAACACAAGAGGGUCAUUCAGCAUUGCAAUACGCGGCAUCAAAAAAUUGGAAAUCCAUUUGUGCUGCAUUAUUAGAAAAAGAUGCCAAUGUUAAUGUUACUGACAAUCGUGGUGCUACGCCACUGCAUAGAGCCGCAUCUAAAGGCAAUAUUGCUAUUGUGAACCUUCUGAUAGAACACGGACAAAAUUUAGAUAUUGACAGUAAAGAUGCUGAUGGCAAUAGUGCAUUACAUUUGGCAUGUGAGGAAAAUCGUGUCGAUGAAGCUAAGCUAUUAGUAGAAAAUGGUGCUAGUACGACGUUAAUGAAUAAACAAAAGAAAACUCCUCUUGAUUUAGCAAGUCCAGGGUUGAUACGACAACUAAAAGAAAUAGAGGAAAAUUUGUCUUAAAUAGUAAAAGAAAGUAUUAGUGUUUUGGUUCAGUGAUAUUCAAUUUAUUUCUUUAGUGUUAAUGCAAAUUUGAAUUUUAGCAAUAAAACAGAUGUUUUA